GGAGGAAGCAACGACAAGAAGCACAUCGAGAACAAUGUUACCAACACAGAGUGGGACGUCAUCAUCGUCGGUUCCGGUCUGUCUGGGCUCACCGCGGCCUACCGUCUCCUUCAGGCCAAUCCGGGGCUGCGUGUGCUUAUCGUAGACAGCCUUGACGGCUUCGGUGGCCGUACCAAGUCCAUCGCCCUCCCACAGUACAACGCCAAGGUGUCCGUUGGUGGCACGUUCUCGUUGUUCGAGCACCAUGACACCCUCAAUCUGGCGGCGGAGGUGGGCUGUUCCCCGGAGGUGCCGCUACCCAUCACCGCGGCCAACCUGGCCCUCUUCAGCCCGGACCUGGUCGGACUCGUCAACACGCCGCUCGGCCUGCCGCUCUUCUUCGAGCUCAUGUGGAAGGGCGCCAAGGUGG